GCGUGCCGAAAGAAGAGGAGGAAAAGGAAAACAUAAAAACAGCCCAGAAUUAGCGCUUUCGCAGAUUGCUUAUCAAUUAAACCAACGCUGAGCUCACUGGGGGGCCAGAGGGUGCCGGGGCCAAUGUCGCCACUAAACAAAUAGCACUUAUAUCAAUAGAAAGCCACGAAAUCCAGACUUGCGCCACAACAAUCACAGCCGGGCCAAAGCAGACGCACAAGAGGCACAGCACCGGCAGCUUAGGAAUUCAGAUUUCGCUUGGCGAAACGAAAAGUGUUCUUGGAUUUUUGGCUGUUACAUAACCAUGCGGUUACUGUGGCGCAGCUUGAGGGGACUGGUGCCCCACCACCGGCCACACCGACGCUUUCUGUCAACCACCACCACCAGCGGCGGCGGCAGCAGGAACAAUGACCACCAAGAGCAGCAGUGGAAGCAGGAUAGUCACAAAUGGAGCUCACCGGGCAGUAGGACAGAAAAAUUGCUAUAUGCCGCCUACUGGGCUGGAGGCCUUGCCUUGGGCUUCCACUGGCUAAGCGACGGACGCACACCCGUGCUGGCCGAGCCAAAGGGGGAAUUGAGCGAGGAUGAACAGGAAGCUCGGGCUCGUCUUUGGCAUGUUACCCACAGAAAGGAUCUGCCCAACUACAAGACCGACCAGGUGGAGCAGCACAAUUGUGCCGAAAAGGGAAUCUGGAUCACUUACGGCCUGGGAGUAUAUGAUGUCACAGACUUUGCCGACAACCAUCCGGGCGGCGACAAGAUUCUGAUGGCCGCCGGCAGUGCCAUCGACCCGUUCUGGGCCAUCUAUCAGCAGCACAACACCCUGGAGGUGCUGGAGUUGCUCGAGGGCUUUCGCAUUGGCAACCUGGAGGGUGCGGAGCUGACACCUGGAGUCAGUGCAGUAGAGAAUGAGCUGGGCUCACCAUGGGCUAAUGAGCCGGAGCGCCAUGUCCUAUUGAAGCCCGCCUCGAAGCGACCCUUCAACGCUGAGCCACCGAUCGGACUCCUGGCCGACCAGUUCCUCACGCCCAACGAGCUCUUCUAUGUGCGCAACCAUCUGCCGGUGCCGGUGAUAAGUGCGGAGGACUAUGAGCUGGAAAUCGAGAGUGGGUCGUCGGAAAAGGGUACACUGACAUUAAAUCUUGACGGGAUCAAGGCUCUGCCCAAGCACUCGGUUACGGCGGCCAUAAUGUGCGGCGGCAAUCGACGAUCCGAGAUGACCAAGGUCAAGGCGGUGAAGGGUCUUUCUUGGGGUGCCGGAGCCGUGGGCAACGCCAAGUGGUCCGGAGCUCGACUCUGCGACGUCCUGCGGAAGCAGGGUGUGCAGCCAGAUGAGUCAAAGCACGUCAUAUUCGAGGGCGCCGACUUGGAUCCCACUUCCCAUCCCUAUGGGGCAUCGAUACCCCUGUCUAAAGCCCUGGAUCCCCGCGGAGAUGUAAUACUGGCUUAUGAAAUGAACGGCGAACCGCUAAGCCGGGAUCAUGGGUAUCCCAUUCGGGUAAUUGUGCCCGGAACCGUGGGAGCGCGCAAUGUCAAGUGGCUGACGAGGAUAGUGGUGGCUGAUAAGGAAUCGGACUCCCACUGGCAGCAAAACGACUACAAGGGCUUCAGUCCGAGCACGGACUGGGAUACCGUGGACUUUAGGAAGUCGGAUGCCAUUCAGGCGAUGCCGGUCACCUCUGCCAUCUGUACACCACAACCGGGAGCGAGGGUAAGGCCGGACGAUGACGAUGGGCACAUCACGGUCAGGGGAUACGCGUGGAGCGGCGGUGGAAGGAAAAUAGUUCGAGUGGACCUAACCAGUGACGAGGGUAAGAGCUGGCAUGUUGCCGAAUUGGAGCAGGAAGACAGUCCUGAUGGCCGACACUACGGUUGGUCCUUGUGGACCGCUCGCCUGCCCAUCUCCGAGGCGCAGCGCAAGGCCGGAGGCGGUGACGUAGAGAUCUGGGCUAAGGCCGUCGACUCGGCGUACAACGUGCAGCCGGAGAAGUUUGAACACAUCUGGAAUCUGCGUGGUGUGUUGGCUAAUGCCUAUCACAAGGUUAAGGUUAAGGUUGUCUAGAUCUAGCUCUAUAGCCAAGACUCCUCCUCCUGAGACAGAUUUGGUUGAGGAUUCUUCUAACUCUUAAGAAAUAAAAGACAGAAUAUUCAA